AUGGAAACAUCGUCGGGUUACAAUUCGUCAGACAGCUCCGAUGCUUUAGAGAAAGACGAGUUCAAGAAUGUAUUGAUGCAGAUGAUGAGUUAUCUGAGAGAAAGGGCUGCUUCCAGAGACUCGUUGCGGAAGUUUGCAAUGGCAAAUGCUAGUGGUCCGGGCAAUCAAACCAUAUACGGUCUUGCACAGUGCACGCUAGACUUGUCGAACAAGGAUUGUGACAUUUGCUUGAGUGGGGCAUUCUCUGAUAUUUCUAAAUGUUGUGACGGAAAGAGAGGUGGUCGGGUGGUCCGACCUAGUUGGUACAUUAGAUUUGGAGCAUAUAGCUUCUUUGAAGCUUCUGCAUACAAUAAUGCACAACCAUUUGUGUAG